GGGGCGAAGGAGGGGGAAUAGCUGCAGGCAUUACUGAAUUACAGAAUCCACAGAGAGACACACGCACACUGACAGAGAGAGAGAGAGAGAGAGAGAGAGAGAAGCGAUCUCACAAACAGCAUCACUCUCAGCUUGACGGAACGACAGUGAAAAGAGUAGGAAAGAAAACAGGAGAGCAAGAUCUCACAAGCAUUUGGCAGAAAGACAAAGAUGAGGUUGAUUAGACAGCAGUGAAAUUACCUGAGGAGAAAAUAAAAGAGUGGAUAGACGGAGAGAGGAAAAGAGGAGUGUGGGUUUUAAUCCUUUUGGCAUGUGAGUGUAUCCCAGAGAGCGGUGGUCACCCUGUGUGUGAGUGUGUGCUGCAGAGUUUGUUGGUGGUGUUGGGACGCUUUGAACUGGAAUGUAUCUGAACUAACCUCAGGGGGCUUUCGGGAAGACACCAUGCUGGGCAAGGAUUACAUGCUCGCCAUCAUCAUCGUCAACUACGAUGAUAACAUCUGGAAUGAUCAGAGUCUGGAGCUGGACUCAGAUCUGCCUCCAGGAUGGCGCACUAUACGUGACAGCACUGGCACAUAUUACUGGCACGUGCCCACGGGCACCACACAGUGGCAGCAUCCCUCCUACAGCGCAGAGGAGGAACAAAACACCAUUAACGGCAUCACUGCCAGCCAGAUCAAGACUGCAGUAGAUGUCAGGCGGGAAUCAAGAGGCAGACUGACUGAAAACCCGUUACCCUCUCUGAACGAAAGGCCCUCCUGGCAGGAAGAGUAUUUCUGUGCCAACAUGGAUCCCGACUCCAAGUGUUUUGCGGUGCGUUCGCUGGGUUGGGUUGAGAUCCCUGAGGAGGAACUUACCCCUGGCAAGAGUAGUCUGGCGGUAAACAACUGCAUCCAGCAGCUUUCUCACAGUAAAGCAGAGGGCCGAGACGCAGUUGGUGCCUGGGGAGAGGGUCAGGAUAUGAUGAUGGUGCUAAAGAAGGACACUCUCAGUCUAAUGGACCCUGUGGACCGCAGCCUCAUCCAUUGUCAGCCCAUAAUCAACAUCCGUGUAUGGGGGGUGGGCUGCAACAAUGGCAGGGACUUUGCCUUUGUGGCCAGUGAUAAAGACACCUGCAUGCUGAAGUGUCAUGUGUUCCGCUGCAAUUCUCCAGCCAAGACCAUCGCAUCUGCCCUGCAUGAGAUGUGCUCCAAGAUCAUGGCAGAGAAAGCGGCGCUGCAGCCCUCUAUGGCCCGUUCUCUCACCAUGGAGAGUAUCUCCCCAGAGGACUUGCCCCGCCAAGUUGACUUCCUGGACGCAGUAAGGCAGAGGGUGCAGAAGUUUGAGGUGGAGUACAUUGGAAACCUACCUGUAUCCAGAGCAAUGGGAAUGGAAGUGUUGAACAGAGCUAUUGAGAGUAUCAUGCACUCCAGAGACAGAGAUGAGUGGGAGCCUAUAGUCAUCCAUGUGUCUGAUACAGUUCUGUCUUUAUGGAGAGGAGAGGAUGGAGAUGACCCAUUUUGGGAAUCCCAAGUACGUUACUUAACUUUCCUAGGCGUGGGUCAUGACACACACACUUUUGCGGUCAUAGUGGAUGCCGGAACCCAGCGCUUUGAGUGUCACGUGUUCUGGUGUGAGCCCGAUGCUGGGAUCAUCUCUGAGGCAGUUCAGGCUGCAUGCAUGGUCCAAUACCAGAAGUGCUUGGUUGCACAGACACCUCCUGUGAGGUCCAAAAUGUGGCGGGCAGGCUCCAAAGUUAGACGAGCCAACUCCAUGGAUGGCUCCAGCUUCCCACCUCGACACCAAGGACACACACCUUCCAAAAUGGCCUCUCCCAGCGUGAAGAAGGGCAUGUUGGCAUUUUUUGAGACGUUCCGUAAUAAACAUUCUGCGGUACCCACACCCUAA